AUGGUAGUACCAUCCGUAAAAAGAACUAUUAGGAUAAAGACGACACAGCAUAUCCUUCCUGACUUACCACCAGUAGAGAACUUCCCAAUGCGUCAAUGGAGCAUUGAGAUUGUUAUGCUUGAUAAAGAAGGGAAUGAAUUGCCAGCAACCAUCCUAGACAGAGUUACUUAUCAUUUACAUCCCACGUUUGUGAACCCAAAUAGAACCUUCCAGGAUUCUCCAUUCAGAAUUGAAGAACAAGGGUGGGGUGGAUUCCCAUUGAAUAUAAGUUUGUUUCUUUUGGAAAAGGCUGGAGAAAGGAAGAUUACUCAUGAUUUGAAUUUCUUACAGGAUUCAUACCAGGUGGAUCAUGUUAUUCAAGUGCCAGUCAAUAAACCAGCGCUGGUCACUGAAUUGGCGAAGAGUGGUCCUAUGGUGGAAAUAACAGCUUUGACUGCCAAUUUAGGGACAAAGAGGAAGAGCACAGCUAUUGUUGCUGAACCCAAACCGAAGAAGACUAAAAUGACCACUGGGACUAUUCCUGUUACGAGUCCGGUCUUAAUGAAGGGUGACGUUGAUAUUGAGAGAUUAGCGUUCGGUUUAACAAAACUAAAAGAGGAUGAUUUGGUAAAUAUAGUUCAGAUGAUAAUGGACAAUCAAACGCCUGAUAUGGAUGCAUCCAAUAACGUGGAAGAGGGUGAAUUUGUUUUUGAUUUCUUUACAUUCCCAGAAGACUUGCUAAAGAGUCUUUGGGAGUAUGUUAAAAGCAACGUUCCAGCAAAAGAUCUGAAGUAA